AUGGCCCCUGCGGCCUUCACCGUGGUCCUCCUGGGGCUCUGGAUCACCAGCCGAGCCGUGCGGCCCUCCCGAGAAGAUUUUGCGCAACUCCAGGAGACAGAGGUGGCGCCUCCCGAUGACCGCCGGAUUCGCGAGGCAGGAGCUGCUUUUCUGCAAGGCGGAAGCGACCCGGCUGGCUACCCUCACUGCGAUGGACUUCCGGGCAAUGGCAGCCAUGUCAUUGACAGGCCGCUCGUCAUCAGAACUAGCUGCACGUGGCAUGGGCAUCCAGGGCUGCAGGUGGCCCUCAAGAAGCCAAUCUCUUUCCAAGGCAGCUUGGUCUUGAUGGGUGAGAUCCAGAUCACCGCCGUGCAGGAGUUGGAUGGGUUUCAUGGUCUUUGGGAGCAUGACGGUGAUGUCCGCGAACGCCAGCUUCGUGGGCUGCAGAAACACGUGGCAGGAGGCUGUCUGCGGGUUUUUGCCUACCAGCAGGACGUGGCAAGUUCGGCGGUCUUCGAGGACUGCGAUGUCAAGCAAUGGAACGUUUGGGGUGCUGCCGUGAGUAGCAGCAGCACAGGUGAUGGCGGCUGCGUGUAUGCGGGCACCAAGUAUGGGGGUUCAGCCUCUAUGGGGAGCUUCACACAGGGCCCCAACAGCUCUGUGCACUUCCGCCGCUGCAUGGCGGCGAAGCACGGAGGCUGUCUGCAGGCAUUGCGCUUCCAGCAAGACAUUGGCAGUGCGGCGGUCUUCGAGGACUGCUCCGCGAAUAACAUGGGUGGCGGCGCGCACGUGGUGGAAAAUUUCACACAGCGCCCCAGCAGCUUUGUGCACUUCCGCAGCUGCAGGGCGACGAGCCGCGGAGGUGGUCUCGUUGUUGAAAACUACGAGCAGGACGGAGGUUCGGCGGUCUUCGAGAACUGCUCGGCAAACGACACCAAAAGCGAGGGUGGUGCGGUCUUCGUGGGCAACAUGUAUGGAAACUUGGGAAGCUUCACACAGGGCUCCAACAGCUCCGUGCACUUCCGCAGCGGCAGGGCCACAGAGCGUGGAGGCUGUCUGCGGGCGCUCCGCUACCAGCAGGGCGUGGGAAGUUCGGCGGUCUUCGAGCACUGCAUCGUUGACGGCGGAGGCGAAAGCGAUAUCGGUGGCGGCGGCGCGUUCCUGUCGAACAAUUUCACGCAGGGCCCCAACAGCUCCGUGCACUUCCGCAGCUGCAGGUCGACGAAGCGUGGAGGUGGUCUGAUUGCGGCCAAUUACCAGCAGGACGUGAGCAGUUCGGCGGUCUUCGAGGACUGCUUGGCAGCCGAUGACGGCGGCGGCGCGCAUGUGUCCAGCAACUUCACGCAGGGCCCCAACAGCUCUGCGCACUUCCGCCGCUGCAGGGCGACGAAGCAUGGAGGGGGCCUCUCCGUUGCCGGCUACCAGCAAAACGCCGGCUCUAUGGCAUUCUUCGAGAACUGCUCGGCAGAUCGGGGCGAGGGAGGCGGUCUGCAGACCCGCGACCUCGACGCCAACGGCUCCAUGCACUUCAAGACAUGUCGGGCAGAGCUAGGUGGCGGCCUCAUGAUCGCCCAAUGCGGCGCGGUGCAUCACCGCGGUUCGCUCGUUUUCGAGGCCUGUAAUGCCAGAAACGGCGGUGGACUUUACUCCAAUGCAGGCCAAGGACACUUUGCAAAUCUCCGAUUUGAUGCCUGCGAUGCUGAAGUGGUUGGAGCUGCCUUCUCCGCGAUCGCUGACGAUGGUGCGGCAAUGGAGGUGCGCAUGGAGGAGCUCUGGCUGCUGAAUGCCGGCAGAAGCAAUUCCAAAGACUUCGAAGUCUCAGGCACGCUGAAGCUCGGCUCUACACACGUGGGCUCGGAGUCGAGCUUCGGUGUCUACAUCUCAGCACGUGAUCUUCUGCUUGAAGACGUGAUGAACUGCACGAAGACCCCCACGUGCACGUUCUUUGCGAACACCAGCCGAAGUGCUGGUUUCCUGUGCCCUCUGGGCACGGGUGUGGUGGACUUCGACGCCUCGGAGGAAUUUGGCUGCUUCGCAUGCAAGCCAGGGUCCACGCAAGUCCAGACGACGACGAACAGGUCGUGCAGUCCGUGCCCGGAUGGGGCUCUCCUGUGUCUGGCCGGGGAGCUGAGAAUGACGCGUGGGCUGAUGGUGGAGCUGGAGAACGUUAGCCGCAGCUUCCAUUGCCCCAACGAGGCUUCUUGCCCUGGGGGCCAUGUGGCCAAGGGAAGAGUACAAGUAGCGAUGUGCGAGGAAGGCUACCGAGGACAAGGCUGCACGAGCUGCAGUGAUGGGCACGCCAUGGCGGACAACAGUGUGUUCUCGUGCAGCGCCUGCAGCCAAGACCGCCGUAUGCAGGUGGUGCAGUGGAUCACGUUCCUGUCUCAGCGCAGCUUCCUCUUCGCGCUCGGGGCUUUCAGUGCGCUUGGAGCCAAGAAGGCCGGGGACCUGAAGCAAAGCAGCAUCUACCUGAACCAGCUGAUGGCCUUCGCUACCAUCUCCAACACGAUCUUGGCAGCCAUCCUGCAGACCAAGACGGCGAAGGACAUCAAAAGUGAAGCCGCGAACUUCUUUUUCAAUGCUGCUGCACACACGGCGGAGGCGGCCUCCGGACAAGGAUCCCUGCGCAGCGCCUCCUCACAGUGUCUGCUGUCGUACGUCGGCUACGAGAAGACGCUGUGGGGCGCGCACCUGCUGGAGGUCGUUGUGGCAGCCGGGCUCAUGUCAUCGCUUUCCUUCAUGAAGGAUUUUCGCGUUGCCCUCAUCGCAGGCAUAAACUGCUUUCUGCCCGCCAUCGCAGCCGACUUCGGGAAAUAUCUCGUGUGUUUCCGCCUGCAGCCGAGCGACGGCCUCCAUUGCCCCUUCAUCCCCGGAUUCCCCGGGCUCGCCGGUGCAACGCAGGUGGCUGUGGGCCUAACUGUGUUCAUGGUCGCCGCUCUUUGGACAUGGCUUAGCCUCUCCAGAUCCGAAGAGGAUCCGCCACCCAGCCACGUGGUCUUCCUAACCAGCAAGUACCAGCCGCGGUACGCGCUCUUCGAGACGGAGCGCCUGAUCAGGAAGACGCUCUUCACCUUCAUCGGUGCCUUGCUUCCCAUCUCCUCCUCACCGGCCUUGCAGAUGGGAUGCCUAGGCAUGGUGGUUUGGAUGUCGCUUUUUCUGUACUGCCUCUACCAGCCUUACCACACGCCGGAGUGGAACUGGAUCGAAAUCUGCCUGCUCUUCGUGGCGAUGCUCAUGAUCUUGAGCGUGUCAACUUUGCUUGCAAAUGAGUUCCACUGGGGGCAUUCAGUGCCCACUCAGCAGUCGAUCAUCUUCACAACCGCAGCUGUCGCGGCUGUGGCGAGUGCCAUCAUGACCUUUAGAGUGAUGCAAGAGCUGGUCCGAGAGCACAGGCAAGCAGCCAAGUGA